AUCUUCUUUUAUGGAUUUGUACACCACAACUGUGAGUCACACACUUGGUAUAAGAGACACACGAGUGCAUACAACAAACUUACAGGUACAGUGGGGGAGAGGCAGCACUCAUCACACUAUAUUUGAAUCGAGAAUUUACGUCCCUCAGGGGUCAGCACGGGAGGUGCCAUGGAAGCUCUGAUGACUAGUACCUAACUUAGACUGGGCAUGAGAUGGGGGAUAAGACAGAGCAGAGGCUUCCCAUGAGGUGAUCCUUGAAAGGUUAACAGAAAUUUGUAAGGCAAAGAUGAAGAUGAAAGAUGGAGCAGAAUAACUUUGUUAGAUAUCAGUUUUCUGAUCCUAUGGUCCACUUACUGGACUCCCCCAAUACCAUAGCUGAGAACAAGUCUUACUGGGUUGCAUCCUUGUUUUUUAUUUUUUAAAACAUCAUUUUAUGCAUUAACAGGAUACCAGUCUCAUCUAUGAUGCUGGGGCUACACUACAACCACACAAUGGAACCCCCUGCCAGCUUCUUCCUUAUGGGUAUCCCAGGGUUGCAGUUCUCACACUUUUGGCUGGCUAUCUCACUGAGUGCCAUGUACACCAUGGCCCUGCUGGGAAACAUCUUCAUCGUGACUGUAAUCUGGAUGGAUUCCACUCUACAAGAACCUAUGUACUGGUUCCUGUGUGUUCUGGCUGCUGUGGACAUUGUUAUGGCCUUCUCUGCAGUACCCAAGAUGGUGGGCAUCUUCUGCACAGGAGACAGCUCCAUCAGCUUUAAUGCUUGUUUCACUCAGAUGUAUUUUGUCCACACAGCCACAGCUGUGGAGACAGGGCUGCUGCUGGCCAUGGCUUUUGACCACUAUAUAGCUAUCUGCAAGCCCCUACACUACAAGAGAAUUCUCACACCUCAAGUGAUGCUGGGAAUGAGCAUGGUCAUCAUUGUCAGAGCCAUCAUAUUCAUGACUCCACUGAGUUGGAUGGUGAGUCAUCUACCUUUCUGUGACUCCAAUGUGAUCCUCCAUUCCUACUGUGAGCACAUAGCUGUGGCCAAGUUAGCAUGUGCCAAUCCUAUGCCCAGCAGUCUCUAUAGUCUGAUUGGUUCUUCCAUUAUUGUGAGCGCUGAUGUGGCCUUCAUUGCUGCCUCCUAUAACCUGAUUCUCCGGGCUGUAUUUAGUCUCUCCUUGAAGAAAGCUCAACUGGAAGCAUUAAGCACAUGUGGUUCUCACAUGGGGGUUAUGGCUCUGUACUACCUACCUGGGAUGGCAUCCAUCUAUAUGGCCUGGCUAGGGAAAGACAUAGUGCCCCUGCACACCCAAGUGCUACUAGCUGACCUGUACCUGGUCAUCCCACCCACCUUAAACCCCAUCAUCUAUGGCCUGAGGACCAAACAAAUACGGGAGUGAUUAUGGGGUUUGCUGAUGCGCUGCCUCUUUGACCACUCAAACCUGGGCUGAUUAACCUAAAAUCUGUUCAGCUUUAAAGAUGCCUUAGAGAUCUGUGGAGCGGGUUUGGUACACCUGUAGAUAUACGAAUUCUAAGAGGAAUCUCUUAAGGGUAGCCUUGCAUAACUUUUCGGUUUCUAGCAAAAAUGAUUCUGAAUUUCUAACAUCAUUUUUUAAUCGUUUUAACCAACUAGUAUCUGAAUAAGAGAUAGGUCUGAGAAGAGAAUAUAGAUUUGAGGUUUUUCUUUCCUUAGCUUCUGACUUAUAUUUCCAACCUAAUAUCCUACCAGUCCCUCUGCGGAAGAAAACAAUUGUUUGGUUGUCCCACAUCUGGCUGCUUUCUCAGAAUUGCCCUUUUCUUCAAGGGAUUGUAGAGAAGCUAUUAAUAUAUGACCUUGCUCUCUGGCCCACUGAAUCCACUCAGUUUGGCUCACGUGCUCACCCCCAAACCGGAGUCCUUCAUGGACUCCAGUUUAUCUGAACUUUACACUUGGGAUCACUGAUGAUGGCCACUUAACAGUGCAUAGACUUUGAAAAAGAAAUCUGGUCCACAGCAAGAGAAGCUGCUUAGCAAGAUGGGAUGAAGAGACUUUGAGUUCUGCCUUGGAUUCCAAUUCAUUCCGGACAGCUAGGUACAUCCUGUUAUUAAGUUUUGUAAGAUACUCCUAUAUCCUUUUAACUUACCCCAGUAUCAUCACGCUACUUGGAGUUAGUUUAUUAGUCAUCAGCCUUUUAUUUUUAAGCAACAGAAGCUAAAUCAGUAUGAGUUUAGUUUUGGGUUUUUCUCUUUGGUUCCUAUUCCUGCUCUAUGUAACUCAACCUUAAGACAUAAAAGAGAGGAAUCAGUAUCACACAGGUUUUUCUUCUUGUGGACACAUCUAAGAGUUCUCUGGGAUGAAAAGGUUAAUAGGAAACAAUAUAAACAAUGAAGGUGAAAUGGUAUUACUUUUCUCCUAGUCACCAGAUAUUUGUUUUCUGUUUUUAUUUCCCCCUUUCAGAAAGUCUUAAAUUGAGUGACAGGUAUAUGUUCAAAGAAAAAAUUGCAUAUGUGAGAUAAAUAUAUUAAACACUGGUACAUUUUAAAAUCUUAAUAAAAAAUAAUUUUCUAAUAGUAUUAAAAUUCAAAGUGCAAGGAAAAGCAGCGUUGAUUUGAGUCUUAAUAUUUCCUUUCUACUGAUGAGGGGAACAAGGCUAAUUUAUAUAAGGUAUUGAAGAUUAUAUGAAAUAAUGAAUGGAAAGCACUUGAUGUGACAUCUGACAUAUGUAUUUAAAAAAAAAACCCAAUUGGUGAUAAAUUUCUAAUUUCAUAAUUUUAAAGGGGUACUUCCAGGUCUAGUAAAACUGCAGUCUUGUGUAGAUCAGUACUCAUGUGAUAGCAUUUCCAAAUAAAUCUUCUGUUUAACAACUUGGCAUCUAUAUCUUUUGCUAAUAUUGGACUUGUUUACCUACCAAGAACAUAUUAUCUCUGUUCUUGAAUACCAGCAGAGUAGGAAUCAGCCUCUAAAAACCAGAUAAUGAUGCACUGAGAUCCCACAUCGUGGUAAAAAGAAACUCUACUCCCUUGCAAUGUCCUAACAUAAAAACAAAAUGAGAUCAUGAGGUGGUUAAGUAGAUUUGAUAAGACUCCCACUUUGAGGGAAUCUUUCUUUUUCCAUAAUCCUGAGAAUUGACUAUGUCCAUUAAAUCAAAGAACAUUAGACGCAUUAAAGAAUGUGAUGUACAGAAACAAAGGUAUUGUCCAGUCUCCACCCCAAACAGACAGUUCUUCCCAGCAUUUCCAGCAGGGGGCCUGCUCUGCCAGCUUUGUUUCACUCACACUGGUAUUUCCUGCAUCUAGCUGGUGCCCACUGUUGGUACUCAAAUAUUUAUUGAACUACAUGCUUCCUGAAGUGUCCUGGUUUCCCACAAUGGCUACCCAAAAACAAAAAAUGCUGUGCUUCUCACGAUGUAUUCAAAUAUAGCCCCUGUCUUAUCACACAAAGCAGUGGGUGAUUAUUUAACUAUAGUCUCCAAUUUUUGGAUUUUUAAGAGAUUAUAACCAAUCCUGCUUGAAAAAAAAUGGAGGUUUGAUUUCCUAUGGAGAUUUGUUGGCCCUAGGAUUUGCCCGUUUCCUUCUCUUGCAGAACCCAAGCAUUUUACCUUUUUUAGCAUCCUCUCCCCUACAAGGUUCAGGCAAUGCACCCUUUGGUUCUCUGCUACUAAAACAAGGAUGGAAGAAAGAUUUGGCAGUCUGCUUCUGUAAAGAUUACAGCCUUAGAAACCCUAUGGGGCAGUUCUAUUCUGUCCUAUAUGGUCACUGUGAGUCAGAAUCAACUCGAUGGCACACAACAGCAACAAAACAAGAAUGGGCAAAGCUUGUCCCUGGCUUGUAGUAAAUCAUCAUCCUCACAAGUCAGAGGUGCCAGCAGUGUAGGUGCUCUACCCUUGACAUGGCUGCCUGCCUCUUCCCCUUCUGGACCACUUUUGAAGAUCACAAUAAAAGAAAUUACCCAUUGAAUGAGUUUUUGAAUAGGCUUAUAAUUAAUUACCUCCUGUUUUUCAUGCUUCUAUGAGGCAAGAAAAGCUUAUUUUUGUUUUGAUUCUAGGCAUACGAAUGCAAGUUCUCCCAUUUAACAAAUAGUUAGCAAUUAUAUAUAUAUAUAUAUAUAUAUGUAUGUAUGUAUAUAUAUACAGUUUAACAACUGGAUAUACACAUACACAUAUAUACUGUGCUAGACUGGGGCUGCAAUGGUGAGUCAGACAAACAAGGUCCUUGUCUUCAUGAGAUUCUUAGAAGAGAACUGUGAGUGACACCAUAGAGCAAAAGGUUCUCAUAUACUUAAGAACUUUAAUCUUCUUGCCUAGAAGUCUUAAAAAAUUAACGUGAAAUAAACAGUGUAGCAUUGUUUAACCUUGUAAUUCUUCUAGCAAGUAAUCAUAGCAACAGAAUCGGAUUACAUCAACAAACAAAACAAAAAUCAAAACCAACCAACCAACCAACCAAAAAAAAGUACAUUACAAAUGAGGCCACUACAAUCUUUAAUUAUUCUAGGGUUGAAUGAAUUUAUCACCAAAUAAUCCUCUUUUUCUAUUAACCAUCCAAGAUUUGUUCUAAUUAAACCAUAGUAAAGAAAUAUUGAUUUAGCCCCUAGACUCUUCUACUAUUUGUCCAUAGACACAACCAGAAUUGCUUCUUAAGCAUCUAUUUCUCAACCCUAUAAAGAAUCCUCCAGAGAAUCCACAUACACAAAGAUACGUGGUCCCUCUAAUGUAGCUCAACCCUUUCCAAGAUUAAGUCUGUGACUUACCAACUCAUUCCCCUCCAAGCAGCUGAUAGAUAGAAACUUCUUUUACUGGUGAUGCUUGAGAAGCAACUUGGAAGCAUGUGUCUAGGUAGAAUGAAUUUACUGGCUCCUUUCUGGCUGUUUUACCUCCUUCACAUGUGAACAGCCACAUAACUAAAGUAGAAAAACUAUUUCUGCUAUUCCUUAUUGCAGAUAAUUUAAAGCUAUUUUACUUUUGUCUAUGCCUAACCUAGUAUCUUGGAGGCCUGGGGGCGCAGUGGUUAAGAGCUCAGCUGCAAACCAAAAGGUCAGGAGUUUGAAUCCACCAGCUGCUCCUUGGAAACCCUGUGGGGCAGUUCUACUCUGUCCUAUAGGGUUGCCAUGAGUCAGAAUCGACUCAGUGGCAAUGGGUUUUCAGGUUUAACCUAAUAUCUACUUGGUUAUCCAGUUCUAACCCACCAAUCACUAUCUUCAAGCUUAAA